AUGAAUAUUGAAGACAUCGUGCCAGAGCUGUUCGGCGAAAAACGAGUGUACUACUGCCAACGAUGUCUUAACCAUGGACUGCGAGAAAAGCGGAAAAAUCACAAACAAAACUGCGCCUUCAGCACUUGCCAGUGCCCGGACUGUAUCAUGGUGGAGCGAAGGCGUGAAUUAAAUAGCCGACUUGUGCAAAUAGAAGGAGAACCAGGAAAUCAAAAUUCAGCAGAAUCGACAUGCAGCGUCGAGGAAAACGGCGCGAAAACGAAAGAACGUCGACCGAACUGUCAACGAUGUGCCCAGCAUAAUGUCGUCAAUCGUUUGAAAGGUCACAAGCGAACAUGCCCCUUCAAGGAAUGUUUCUGUCCAAAAUGCCAGGUGGUCGUGGAACGUCAGAAAUUAAUGGCUGAUCAAAUCAAGCUACGACGAAGACAGAAACGUGAGAAGAAUAUCUCUGCUGAACGAGCACGAUCACCCAAUGGUCGGGCGGCCGAAAUUUGCCUGAAAUGCACUCAACAAGCCAUUGGCUACCAGCACCUCAUGUCUAUCCUCGAUCCUUCCAACGUCUCCGAGACAUACAUCAACCUUUCCGCCGUUCUGCAAGCCUGUCCACAUCGGGCGCCUCCUCCGAGCUUAUCCGAAUCGCCGACCACCCCAUUAUUGGCCAAUCCUCUCUCGCCAUUUAUCAUGAAUCAGCAACCUUCAAUACUGAAUGAGGUCAGGGAAGAGCCGGAUUGA